AAAUCACAUAUCUCAUAUAUAGUAAUUGAUGACAGAGACGUACAGAAGAACGAUAAAAACUAGGCAUACACUAAUAUGUAUUUGUCACCAGAGGGCGUAAAAGACAGUGUGAUGACUAACGUGUUACCACUGCCACCAGAGGGUGUAAUUUUGUUGUAUGACGAAUUACACUUUACUACUGCCACCAGAGGGGGUAUAAGUACUGUGUUACGACACACACUUAUCUACUGCCACCAGAGGGGGUAGCAAUACUGUGUUACGACAUACACUUAUCUACUGUCACCAGAUGGGGUAGCAAUACUGUGUUACGACAUACACUUCACUACUACCACCAGAGGGGGUAUAAGUACUGUGUUACGACAUACACUUCUCUAAGGUCACCAGUUGGGUAGCAGUGCUGUGUUACGACAUGUACUUAUCUACUGUCACCAGAUGGGGUAGCAGUGCCACAAUAUGGCGCAACAGUGCUGUAUUAGGAUUGGCAUCAUACUGCUAGCUAAAUUCCUUACAGAAGCACUUCCAUCAGAAGGCGUAUCAGUGAAGCAUGAUAAAUGACGCUUUAAAUCUGUCAUUAGAGAGCAAAGCAGUGUCGUAUGAGACGGUACUGCAAUGCUGCUCCCAGAUGGUGUAGCAACUCUGUCUAAUAACUGAUGCUUCAACAGUGCCGCUGAAUAUUCUACUGCUAGACACCAUACCAUCGUUUAAUAAAACACAAAAAUACCAACCUUUGCCCAUCAAGACCUGCUUGUUUCGAUACAUAUCAUCUCGUCAGUAAUAUAUGUUUAUCAGUUAAACCUUAUUUCUAAAUAAACAUUACUAUAAAAUGCAUUUUUUUGUAGUUUUAAUAAAACGCCGUGAAUAUCGAGCCAUCGUUCAAUCAAUACAUUUCACAUCCGACCCAAAAACGAGAAAAACACAGGACAAUGACAAAAAGUAUUUCUGUUACUCUAACUGUAUAAUGUUACGUUGCAAACCUCUUAUGAUUUUGGAGCUGUGCCCAAGAUGUGCCUUCCGAACGACAGAAGAAGUGAAUAAUUGAGGCAGAAGCUUUCCGUUAUCGGCUAAUGACAGAGGUCAGCUUAAGUCUUAUCUACUUUAAAAAAAAAGUAUAUCGUUUCGAUAACUCUUUUAUAACUGAAUUUAAUAUAUUGUUGUCUUCCAAAUAUUUCACUAAUAAGCAGGAAAAUGUCAUAUCUAGGAAUUUCUCAAAACUUCCGUCCGUUAGGAAUCCCAUGAUACAUUACACACUGCUAAAUUGCACUCCGCCCACAUGUUGUUAAUACAAUAUCCUAAUGCUACUAGAUUGGUUGACUUAUAUCCUAAUGCUACUAGAUUGGUGGACUUAUAUCCUAAUGCUACUAGAUUGGCUGACUUAUAUCCUAAUGCUACUAGAUUGGUUGCCUUAUAUCAUAAUGCUACUAGAUUGGUUGACGUAUGUCGUAAUGCUACUAGAUUGGUUGACUUAUAUCAUAAUGCUACUAGAUUGGUGGACUUAUAUCCUAAAGCUACUAGAUUGGUUGACGUAUAUCAUAAUGCUACUAGAUUGGUGGACUUAUAUCAUAAUGCUACUAGAUUGGCUGACGUAUAUCGUAAUGCUACUAGAUUGGUUGACUUAUAUCGUAAUGCUACUAGAUUGGUUGACUUAUAUCCUAAUGCUACUAGAUUGGUUGACUUAUAUCCUAAUGCUACUAGAUUGGUUGACUUAUAUCCUAAUGCUACUAGAUUGGUUGACUUAUAUCCUAAUGCUACUAGAUUGGUUGACUUAUAUCCUAAUGCUACUAGAUUGGUUGACUUAUAUCCUAAUGCUACUAGAUUGGUUGACUUAUAUCCUAAUGCUACUAGAUUGGUUGACUUAUAUCCUAAAGCUACUAGAUUGGUUGACUUAUAUCCUUAAGCUACUAGAUUGGUUGACUUAUAUCCUUAUGCUACUAGAUUGGUUGACUUAUAUCAUAAUGCUACUAGAUUGGUUGAUUUAUAGCAGCCAAUCAGGAAAAAUAGAAUAUAACCAAAUCUUCGUCAGAAACGAAAUCACAACGAAUGUACAGCUUAUGACCAUUCAUAACAACGAUACAUCCCAUAGAAUUACACAAGUACUAUUAUUAUCCUGUUGUUUAAUAUCUUAUCCUCUGGACAUAAAAACAAGAAAUUAUUUCAACAUAUCAACACACCAAGUAACUAACCAUACUAAAGAUGGAAAUGGAUGACCAUCUCCCACUGGGUGUGUUAGGGCGAUUAUCGUACACCUAGCAGCUAUAUAAAGUCUAGGAACUUUCGGACAGUGACCUUGGUGAAGUGUUACACUACCUGUAAUUAGUACCGAACACAGACAAGUCUCAUAAAUACAUGUUUUUCUAUAUGUUUACACACUUACUCUAUAGGUGAGCCUCUUCAAAUCUGCACCUUUUCUAUAAACAGUUACUUUCUUAAGAUACAAGAUAAUUUAGUCAGAAAGAAAAUAAUUAGGAAGAAUACUAUUUUGUCUCUUUAUAAAGAAUGAAACUUGAAACGCUCUAUAAAAGAAAAGAGCAAAGUACUAGAUCGUAUUAUUUUCUCUUUACAUCAUAGUUAUUUCUGAUAUUCAUAACCGUGCUUUGGAUUUGAAUAUGGACGAAUUAUAGUCAUCACCUGACAUUACUGACUAUUGUCGAGUUUAAAGACUUAAUACAAAGACACGUGUAAUACACUUUUCUCAGCUCGAAGCACUAUAAUAUUAGAUAUUAAUGCCAUUAUAUCACUAAAUCUACUGUAGAAUUUAGGAAACAGUAGGUCACACAAGUAUUUUUUUACAGAAGAACAUGAUAGGUGCAGUUUGAUGUUCUUGAAUUAAGUACUGUAUACUUACGAUAGAAAUAUCCUAAAACAUUAUUUCCAUGGCAACAAGGCCCCAGAUAAUUAAGAAUAUUGUAUAAUUUUGUAAGGUACUAUGUAUUCAUCUCUAUAGGAUACUAUUAUCGACUAUUGGCUUGUUACCAGAUUACAGCUGACAGAUCAGAGACAAUGGACGAGACACAACAAUAAUCUAAAUUAAAUACGUCAGUAUUGUCUCUCACUAAG